AUGAAAACCUUCAUAAUCCUGUGCACAUUGGCCGUGGUCGUGUUUGGUCGCCCCGAGGAUCACUACACUGACAAAUAUGAUACCAUUAACCUUGAUGAAAUCCUAGACAAUAGAAGACUACUAGAACCUUACAUAAAGUGCGGGCUUGAGCUGGGCAAGUGCUCACCUGAGGGCAAGGAACUUAAAUCUCACAUCAAAGAAGCAUUGGAAACUUACUGCGAAAAGUGCACGAAGGCCCAACAGUCAGGAACUCGCCGUGUGAUCGCUCAUCUUAUCAACAAGGAACCGCAAUACUGGAAACAACUUACUGCCAAAUAUGACAAGGAUAACAAAUACACUGCCAAAUAUGAAGCUGAACUAAAAAUUAUUAAAGUAAUGUAA